AUGUCUGAUUAUAUCGCUAUUACCGGUGGACACGAUGUUACUGAAGAUAUUCACGUCUCUGGUUCCAAAAAUGCAGGACUGGCACUUAUGGCAGCGACAUUACUAGCUAGUGGAACAAGUACAAUUCAAGGGAUUCCACCCAUCUCAGAUGUUAACAACAUGGGCCGGAUUUUGCAAUGCCUUGGCGCAGAUGUAUCAUGCGUUGACGAUGUUCUGGAGAUCAACAUGACGAAUGCAAAACAACACUCUAUACCUGACGAACUAGUUAGUAGUCUACGAGCGUCGAUUCUAGUUCUUGGACCAUUGGUAGCUCGUUUCGGGUACGCCAAAUUAUGUCUCCCUGGAGGAUGUGCGAUAAGUUCCCGUCCUGUUGAGAAGCAUCUACGGGGAAUCAAAAAGCUGGGUGCAACUGUGAAUAUAAUAAACGGUUCUAUUGAAGCUCUUGCUUCGAGAUUACUUGGUGCGACUGUGAAUAUGGAGACUCCCUCAGUGACGGGGACGAUGAACGUGAUGAUGGCUGCAUGCUUAGUGCACGGUGUGACACGAAUUCACAAUGCCGUGCGUGAGCCAGAAGUGGUUGAUUUGGCAAAUUUCCUUAUCAGCAUGGGUGCUGAUAUCUCUGGCAUUGGGACUGAUUGUCUCAUCAUCGUUGGUCGAGGGGGAUUGUCAUCUCCAAGUCAGUAUAAAGUCAUGGAGGACAGGAUCGAAGCAGGGACUUUCUUGAUUCUUGGAGCGAUAUGUGGAAAUCCCCUGACAAUACAUCGAUGCAAUGUCGAGUACCAGACGAUACUCGUUAAGAAAUUGCGGUCUGUGGGUGCUGUUGUUGAUGUCGUGGGAAACUCGGUGACUGUUCAUAAAGCUGAGAAACCAUGCUCUGUUGAUAUACAGACUGGACCAUAUCCUGCAUUUCCGACAGAUCUUCAGCCGCAGUUCACUGUGCUACUUUCAUUGGACCAUGGCAAAAGUCGAGUCGUGGAGACUAUUUUUGAAAGCAGAUUUGGUCAUUGUCCAGGUCUUCAGGCAAUGAAUGCAAAGAUCCAGAUCAACCCGGGCCAGGUGGCUGUUAUUUCUGGUGUACGGAAGCUAUCAGCUGCGUUAAUAGCUGGCUCUGAUUUGCGAGCUACUGCGAGUCUUGUUCUUGCGGCAAUCGCUGCUCAUGGCACAUCGGUGGUCGGAGGAAUGAAGUAUAUCAACCGAGGAUACUUUGACCUGGAGAAGAAGUGGGAACAGAUAGGGGUGGCAGUUCGAAGAUUACCAGAUGAGCAAUCGCAUAUCAGUUCAAAAUAUGAUUAG